AUGUAAGAGUCCUAUCUUCAUGCUGAAGCGCAGUUAUAACGUUUAGUUGGCAGUAGUACAGGUCGCUAUGUUAUUCUCUGUAUGAACGUUAGCUGAUUGGCUAAAAGCCGCUCGAGCUCUCAAACCUGCCUCAGCUCGAGCUCUGCUAACGCGGUGCUAAACGGACUGAAGCCAAAAUGUCCAAAGGAAGUAAAGAUGCGUACAUGGUAAAAUUUGUUGAACACAAUGGAGAGAAAAGUGAGCUUGGGCUUAAGGCUUAUGAGGCCAUUGUAGAACUACAGUCUGAAAAAUAUGUUCAGGCGAUUAAUGAGGAUGCUGCACUGGAGUUGGACCACAAUGACAAAUCUUUGUUUGUGUUUAGCGAUUUCACUAGUGAUGCAUUUGAGCACUGCAGAAAGUUGGGCUGCAGGGUAGUGAGUCCCCUGGUGGUGCUGUUCUGUCUGCAGCAGCAGCGGUGUGUGCCCAAAGCAGUGCAGCCAGUCUAUAACAUGGCAAUGGCCGAUGUUACAGUGUCCUGCACCAGUCUGGACAAAGAAGCACGGACUGAAGUGAUGGACUUGGUGCAGCUGAUGGGUGGCAGGGUCUACCGAGACCUCAAUGUGUCUGUCACUCAUCUGGUGGCAGGUGAGGUGGGCAGUAAAAAAUAUCUGGUGGCAGCCAGCCUUGGGAAGCCUAUUCUGCUGCCCACGUGGGUCAAAGCAUGCUGGGAGAAAUCUCAAGACAGUUUAUUCCGGCACUCAGACCUGCGUGUGGAGGACUACCUGUGCCCUGUGCUGAAAGGUUGCACAGUAUGUGUGACUGGUCUCUCUACAGUGGAGCGUAAGGAGGUGCAGAGACUGUGUGAGCUGCAUGGUGGCAGCUAUACUGGCCAGCUCAAAAUGAAUGAAUGCACUCACCUCAUUGUCAGCGAACCCUCAGGUCAGAAGUAUGAGUUUGCAAAGAAAUGGAACGUCUACUGCAUCUCUAUACACUGGCUCUUUGACAGCAUUGAAAAGGGAUUUUGUCAGGAUGAGAGUCGCUAUGCUGUGGAGCGAGGGGGCAAGGCUAAAGAGAAUCUUGGUAAACCCAACACCUCUACCCCCACUGGCUCAAGCAGGAGAAAGGAAGAUGGUCCUUCAUUGCUUGGAUUAAGCCAUAUCUCAAAUGUCAGUAUGGACGUUAAUGAAACAGCCAUGACUGCAUCAACGAUAAGCCGCAUAGAGCCUGCAGAUCCAAUCGAUGCAUUUGAUAUUACAGUCUGUCCAGCAGAUGAUUUAUUAGAUGGCUGUAAGCUCUACCUGUGUGGUGUGGUGGGGAAGAAGCUGGAGAAACUGCGUCGGUUGGUGAACUCUACCGGAGGUCUGCGCUUUAACCAGCUUGGUGAAGACCUUACACACAUCGUGAUGGGAGAACCAGACCAGGAUGUCAAAAACUUUCUUUCUAAAGCCACUCACAGGCCCCAUGUUGUGACAGUUCUCUGGUUGCUGGACAGCUUCUCUCAAGGCUCUCUGCUCCCAGUGGAAAAUUACUUUCACCAGUCAUUCCUCCCUCCUGCUCCAGCACAAGUAGACAUCCCUGCACCUCGUACUGCCGCCUCUCGUCCAUCCAGGCCCUCCAUAGCACCACCACCAGCCCCCAGCCCUAACCGCCAUGCCAGGGCUGAGGAAGAGUUACUCUCACAGUACAUGGAUAAUGAUCAAACUGUUGUGGAGAUGCCUCCUGUUCCAGAUAAAAACCAGACAAGCAUUUCAGUUCUUCCAGAGCCAGUUGUACCCCCGGGGCAUGACACUACGGUAGCCCAGGACUCGGAAGGUGGAAUGUUUACAGGGAAACGUUUUCUCCUGGUGGGCUUUGGGGCAGAAGCAGAGGCCCAGCUUUCGAUGCUGGUUGUGGAGAACAACGGGAGGGUUUUGGUUGGCCGUUUCAGAGGCGUGGCUGAUUAUGCCAUUGUUCCAUUGUUGGGCUGUGAGGUAGAAGCAACGGUGGAUGAGGUGGCCACAGACUCUUGGCUGGCCAUGUGUGUGGAGCAGCAAUGUGUUCUUCCACUGUCAUCUCAUCCACUCUUCACCCCCAUAGUGGUGAAAGAAGGCUGCUCUCCUCUCCGAGACUGUGUACUGUCUGUCAGCCAGUUUACUGGAGCUGAGAGAGAGUCGCUCAUACAGCUCGCCAGACAUCUGGGAGCAAGUGUUCAGGAUUAUUUUGUGCGCACUGCAAAUCAAAGGAAGGGCAUGCUGGCCAGCACUCACCUGGUCCUCCAGACUCCAGAGGGCACCAAGUACCAGGCAGCCAAGAAGUGGGGGCUACCUGCCGUCACCCUGCGCUGGGUCCUAGAGUCUGCCAAAACAGGCAAACGUGCUAAUGAGGAGCGGUUUAUGGUUGACCUGCCACCAUCACCAGAGCGUACCGAGGACAGUUUUAUUGGAGCAUCUCAGAAGACUCGAACUCCACCUGUCCCCAUGCGUCUCUCUCCAGAGCUUCCGCUGCUGGGUCCUCAGAGCAGCGCAGCGGUCACACCGCUGGACACAGGGCGCCUGCAGAGCCGCGCUGUCCACUCAGUUCUCCGUAAGAUGAAGGAAGGGCAGGAAGAGCAGGCAGUGCCAACAGUACAAACCCAGAGCGAGGUCAAAGGGGGCCUGCAGAAAGAGCCGUCUCUUCAGCUCGACACACCAUCUCGCUUCCUCAGCAGAGACCGGCUUUUUGGCCCUUCCUUUAACAUUAAGGAUGUGUUCGAUCAUUUAAAAACUCCUGGAAAUAAGCCUCAGCAGAACCCGGGGGCAGAGACUCCUUUAAGUGAGGUCAUCGAAAGAAACUUGAAAGCAGCUGUGGCCAAUAGCAACCGUAGUCAUGCCAUGAGCCUCGCUGCCCUGACUGCAAGCCCUCAGCUGGGCAAUGAGCCUGAGCAAAAGGGGGCAGAAAAAACUCCAACUCCUUUAUCUGGAGUGGUGGUGUGUGUGAGCAAGAAACUAGCCAAGAAACAGAGUGAGCUUAAUGCAACGGCUGCUUCCCUGGGAGCGGAAUUCAGGUGGUCUUGUGAUGAUUCAGUCACCCAUUACAUCUACCAGGGUAAAGUGGGAGACAACACCAAAGAGUACAGGGCAGUAAAAGAGAGAGGCCUGCACAUAGUUCACCAGCAGUGGCUGCAAGCGUGUGCAGAGGAGCAGAGACGUGUGUCCGAUUCCCUCUAUCCUUUUACCUUUAACCCCAAAAUGAGCUUGACACUGAGUCAGGUAACAGACAGCAUUCAGAAGUUUCCUCCUCCAUCCACUCCCCGCACCAAACUUAAAGCUCUAAGUGAGGAAGAAGACACUCGGAUGGACACUGUGGAUAUCAGCGCAAACAUUUCCACUCCUCGCCAGGUCACUGGGAGAGAGUCUUUGGGCAAAGAGCAACAGAGUAGCACUGAAAGAAAAGACUUAACAGAGACUCUGGAGAUGAGGGAGAGCUUGCAGAGGCAGCUGCAAGAAAUAAUGUCAGCCACCAAGCUGACCAGUGGCCGAAGAGCCUCCUCUAGAUUGGCUCGGAUGGGCUCUGGAGGUCUGGACUCGCCAAACACUCCAGAGAGUUUGGGUCGAAUGGGGAGACGCAGCAGGACGCUGGAAGCACUACGCAUGUCCCGUCAGGUCGUAAUGGAUAUAAACACUGAGGCAUCUCAAAGCGAACAAAUCGUAUGGGACGACCCCACCGCCAGAGAGGAGAGGGCAAAGCUGGCUGAUAACCUGCAGUGGCCAGGCAGCCCUUCUCAACACUCAGAACCUCUUACCAUCCCACCUCCACCACAUGCUGAUCAGAAUGUCCGAGACUCCAUGACUGACUCUGAACUGGUGGAAAUGGCUGCCUGUGAUGUGAUUGAAGAGCAAAUGAAACAAAAGGUGACCCCACCAAGGGUCAGUGCAGAACCUCAGGACCCCAAAACUCCUGAGCCCCCCAGUAUUGCUUUUCCCACCUCAAAACCUGUGGUGGCAUCAGUGUUACAGGAUAAAGAAGAGAAGGAGCCUCCACGGUUCCAACUGUCCUCCCUCAACCCACAAGAGCGUAUUGACUACAGUCACCUCAUAGAAGAGCUAGGGGGUGUCCUGCUGGAAAAGCAAUGUUUCGACCCUAGUUGUUCGCACAUCAUCGUGGGUUAUCCGCUAAGAAAUGAGAAGUACCUGGCAGCCAUGGCAGCGGGAAAAUGGAUCCUUCACCGGUCGUACUUGGAGGCCUGUCGCUCUGAGGGACACUUCAUACCGGAGGAACAUUAUGAAUGGGGAAGCCGCUCUAUACUGGAUGCGCUCCCUUCCAUAAACUCACAGCAGAAACGACUGGCACAAGCAGCCCAGCGCUGGAGAAAAACACUCCAAGGAUGCACAGAUAAAGAGGGAGCGUUUGGUGGCUGGACAGUGAUGCUGAAUAUAGACCAGGCCAGAGAUGCAGGAUUCAGAAGACUGUUGCAGUCUGGAGGAGCAAAGGUAUUGCCAAGCCCCUCUCCCGCAUUCUAUAGGGAAACCACUCAUCUCUUCGCAGACUUCAGCCGACUGGGACCAAAUGAUGCCAGAGUGGACGUAGCGGAGGCUGUGGCUCAUGGAGUCAAAUGCCUAAGGCCUGAAUACAUUGCAGACUAUCUAAUGCAGGAGCCCUCACCACCAAUGGACGCAUACUACCUUCCAGGAGCAGUGCAGAACGGGCUUCCUGAAAAUAUACAGCAUGGACAAAAUACACCGUCCCGCAAGCGCAAGGCCUCGGGGGACACGUCGGUGCUUAAAAAAAGCAGAGUUAGGUGAAAUGAGCUUUCUCGUGCUGGACGCUAAUGAGACUUUAUCGAAUGUGAAUUCUAAAUGUUUUAAUCUAAAUAUUAAUGUGUAGAUACAUUGUAAUUAUAUACUCCUUUUGUUCAUUGAAAAUAAAUACUAUGUC